AUGAGCAACCCGCCCCCCGGUCUCGCGCCGCCUGCCCCAAAGGCCAUCCCCGGCGCGCGCGCGCGCCCAAUUGCUGGCGCCGGCGGUGCCGCCGCUUCGCCUGGCCGCUCGCCUGGCUCGCUCAGCACCAGCUUCCGCCGGCGCGCCGUGGAGAAUGGCACACCCGACGAUACCAACUGGCGUGCCCGCUCGGUCGAUAAGACCCAGGUCGAGAAGCGCCCCGAACGGACCGUUGGAGGCUUUGAGAAGAGCGAGGUCCGCGCCCAGCCAGCUGCCACGAGUGCGCUGUCCAGCUCCAAGGGCAAGAACGCUACCUUAAGCCACGUCCCAUGCCGCUUCUUCAAGGCGGGUGCGUGUACCGCGGGUUCGAGCUGCCCGUUCUCCCACGACUUGGGAGGCAAGAAGGAGGUGUGCCAGUGGUUCCUCAAGGGUGACUGCAAGUUUGGCCACAAGUGCGCCCUUGCUCACGUGCGCCCCGGUGAGCCCAUGUCAAUGGACCGCCGUAACAAGAAGGAGCAGCAGCGUUCGGCUCGGGAACGCGCUGACGGGGACCGUGACACCAAGAAGGAGGGCAGCGACGCUGGCACCUCCCCCGCGGCCCCCAAGUCGGUGCCGACGCCAAUGUCGCACCCAGUGCCUAUCAAGUCGGCGCUGUCGGCGUCGUUCUCGAGCUCGAUCCACUCCCCCAGCCGCCUGGCACAGGGAUCGUCGCCCCUGCGUGAGCCUUACGGCCCGCCCUCGUCCGCGGGCACCGCCGGCUCCCCGUCCGCCGGAUUCAACCAGCGGACGAGCGGCGUGCCGUUUGCCAGCUCGCCGAGCAGGCCCUCUCCCUUGUCCUCGUCGUUCACGAACCGGGGCGCUGUCCCGUCCUCGCUCAAGGCGAGCUCGAUUGUGUCGACGAGCUCGCCAUUGCGCCCGCCUGGAGCGGGUGGAAUCUCGAGCUCGUUCCAGCAUGCUUCGACACUCGCCGCACGGCCGCCGCAGCUGUCGGCGUCGUUCGCAGAUAACAGCCUGCAGCGCAACAUCUGGGCACGGUCUGAGACACCCGACGAGCCGCUGUCGCCUCCUGCCAGCCGCCGCCCACUCGUGGCUGGCGCAAGCGCUCGCGUCAUCCCAGAUGUGUUCGACGAGCACGACGAUCACGGCGAGGACCUCAUCCCAUCGAGCCUCAGCGACCUGCUGACGCCCUCGGAGCGCGCGCGUCGCAUGAGCCGCAACGACUCGCGCGACAGUAACGCCGGCUCGCCUGGCCGUCUAGGAUACAACCCGCACCAAUACGUGGGUGCGGAGCGGCUGGCGCAGAGCGCGGGCGCGGCGCUGCCACCUGGAGGAUUCCUCCAGUCUCUCUGGAACCCGGAUGGGAAGGACGCGCGCGAGGCGGCCCUGGAGUCGACCGAGCUCAGCUUUGGUGGCGCACAGCCACAGCCGAACCGCACCUCGUUGCUCAGCCAGCAGCGGGGUCCCUCCGGCUCACCAAGCCCGAAGAGCAGCCCGUCCAAGGCUGCGACGGCGUGGAAGGGCCCGUCCGUCGACGCGCCUUACCUCAUGCGCGGGACGGACCCAGGCUCGCCCUCUGCCCGUGCGCUGUCCGAGCACGCGCCUGGCCAGAGCCUGCCUGGUGGCCUUGCGGCCGCCCUCAGCCGCAUGCACAUGCAGCCCGGGAACCGCACGCCGUCUGGCCUUGGCACCAGCACGCCCGCCAGCGCGAUUGCACCCACGCCCAAGCGCGACGACCACGACGAAGAGGCCCUUUUCCACAUGGAUGGAUAG